CGGGCGUCUGGAGCCCCGCAGCCCGCCGAGGGCCGGCGCACGGCGUCGGGGACGGCCCGGGAGUGGAGGGGAGCCAGGCGGCCGCCUCAGCCCCCAUGUAGGGGCCCAAGAGGUACCUCCUUAGAACAAGAGACAUUGUUAUCACCCAGGAAAUUCCAUGGAAUUAAGGAACUCUGUGGCAGGAACCAAAUCAAAGACCAAAUAUUAGAACAAAAGAGAAUGAAGAUCUAGAAGUCACCAAGGUCACCUCUCUAGCAGCUUCUGCCUCUGAUCCGGAACCCCAUUCCUCAUCCUACAGAGCAAAUGGCAUCGGUCCCAGACUGAGGAAUAAAAACCAGACCUGCGGUCUAUCUCAGAUGACUGAGCUGUGUGUUUACCGUUCUCGGAGCCUGGGAUGUGGUGUUGUCAGUCCUGAGCCCUCACAUGCUGUCACUGCUUCAUUGUAGGCCAUUUCAGCCCUGGGCAGUGGUCAGCUGAAAUGACGAUGGUAUCUCCGGUGAGGGAGGAUGCCACAGAAGAUCAGCAGAAGGCAGCCAGUGCCAUGGAGGCACAGGCCUCGGUGGAACAGGAAUUGCUGUCUGCAGACCAGGCCCAGGUCCUCAGCAAGAUGGCCAAGUACCAUGGUCUGCCAAGGUCUGGGGACAUCGUUAUGAUCCAGUCUGAGCACACAGGAGCUGUAGAUAUUCUUUCAGCUGAUUUGGAAUCUGCAGACCUUCUGGGGGACCACAGGAGAGUCUCCCCGCCUCUGAUAGCACCUCCGUGCAUCUGGACCUUUGCCAAGAUGAAGGAAUUCAAAAGCAAGCUGGGCAAAGAGAAGAACAGCCGUCUGGUGGUGAAGCGGGGUGAGGUGGUGACCAUCCGGGUACCUACCCACCCAGAGGGGAAGCGUGUCUGCUGGGAGUUUGCGACCGAUGACUACGACAUUGGCUUUGGAGUUUACUUUGACUGGACCCCUGUAACCAGCACUGACAUAACGGUGCAGGUCAGUGAUUCCAGUGAGGAUGAGGAUGAAGAUGAGGAGGAAGAGGAGGAGAUUGAAGACCCUGUCCCAGCUGGAGACGUGGAGCGAGGCUCCAGGAGCUCCCUGCGGGGCCGCUAUGGGGAGGUCAUGCCCGUGUACCGGCGGGACAGCCACCGAGACGUGCAGGCCGGCAGCCACGACUACCCUGGCGAGGGCAUCUACCUGCUCAAGUUCGACAACUCCUACUCCCUGCUGCGCAACAAGACUCUCUACUUCCACAUCUACUACACCAGCUGAAGGCCCGCUGGGACAGGGGGCAGGCGGUGUUUGCUGGCUGGAGCAGGCUGCCAGCUGGGGCCUCUUGUUUUGGAUAGGCAAGAGCUCCCGACCCUCACGCCCUGGCUGGCGUGCCUGACUGUUGACCCCAUGUAGCUUUUCCCCCGCCCAGGCUUCUGCAGAUGGUGGUAUAGUGCCCCUGUUCCGUGGUCCCUGACUCACGCUCUUCUGGCUUUAGACUCCAGCAAAAUCUCUCUGUGGAGGAAACCAUCAGGCAAAAGCCUGAAAGGAAGUUGGGUGUUGCGUUUUAAAUAUAGUUUUGUUUUGGUACAAGGUGUAUUAUUUCAGUUGCUGUUCUCUUCUCUUCCAGAGCUUUUAUUGCAGAUGUGUUUAGUGGCACCCACUCUCUUCACUUUUUGAAAGGGCUGGAAGAGAGCAAAGCACAUUGUCCAUGAAGGAGCCCAGUUUCCUGGAUGGAGAAAGCUCCGUCCAGCCUCUCACCACUGCCAUAUUCCCACCUGCUGUUUCUUUGUGGUCUCUAGCACAGGCUGGGAGCCCUCACUGCCUCUGGAGGGGUGUUAUUAGUCCUAGUGGUUUCACUCCACCUCUUUCUCUCCUCUUUUCCCUUUUCUAAGUCUGUGUCUUUGCCAUUACAGCAAGAACUUCCAUGCAAUCCAAAAUGAUGAUCACUGUAGUCUAAGGUCUUCUGGGAAGAAAAACUGCCUCCAGUUUUUCACUUCCUAUUUCAAGAUGCACUGGUGGUCGAAGGGGAAAGGGUAGAAAUUAGGUACUGGAUUGAUGUCAGAACCCACAUUUUUGAAAGUCAAGUAUUACUAAAUUAUUUUUUUUUGUAUAAUCGAAGAAGGAGGGGUACAGUCUGAGAGAGGAUGUUAAAAAAACAAAUAAAACAACACUCCAGAUUUCCCACGACUGUUUUUUGUUUUUUUUUUUUUUUGGUCUUUAGGAGUGUUAUUUAGAAAUUUUGCUUUGGAACUAGUCAUAUUUCCAGAGUUUCUGGAUUUAGGUUUCUUGCGUUGAGGGCUCAAAACUUUUGGUGUUCAAAGUCUCUCAGGAAAGGUGAUAAUGAAACUUCACUGUUGCUGCUGGUGUAUUUGUUCUUUAGUCCCUGGCGACUGCAUUUUCCACCCUGUGGGCCCUGAGGCCCAGGGUGCUGCAGCCAGUGUCACCAGAGCAGGGGGCUGCCCAGGGCCCCAGCGGAGGAGGGGGCAGAGAAGGGACCACUGCGAUUAUCUGUACCUCCUUCUUUCUUAUCCCUUGUGUCAAGCCUGUUACUGCCUUAGGAUUUUGAGGAAUAAUUAGAUUUAUUUAUUACUUUAUUUAUUUUUAAAGCACAUUUCAUUUUGCCUUUGAGACAGUUUCCGUCUGUUUCUCAGAAGGCUUCCAUCUGCUCUGAGCCAUUGAGGGCACCUCUUCUGUGGAGUUAAAGCUGGCGAUUUCAGGAGAAGUGGGGAAGGGAUAAUGUUCCACUCCUGCAGGUCAGUCCUGUAAUGCUUUGGGAGGAGUCUGCCCCUUCUCAGAUGGAUGGAUUAUGCCAGCUUACCCCAGCGCUCCCUGUUAGGAAUUCUAGAUUGUGAGGGAAUCUGCCCAUUUGCCCCAGAUUGUGCAGAGGACUUGACUAGCCAACCAGAGGCAGCCUGUGAUUCUAGGACUUCAAAGUCCUUUGCCUGCUCUGAGGAGUCAGCUUCUUCACGAUGUUUCCUUUAGCUCAUUCAUUCCUUGUGUGGGUGCCUCACACCAAGUUUUCCCUCUGCACAGAAGCAGAAACUCAAAGAACAGGGCUUCUCACAAUAGGUCUGUAGUGGCACCUACGUUAUGAACAAAGGGUGAUACAGCCGCACCUUCUGUUCCUCUGGGGGCAAAGCCCCAAGUAGGAGAGGAUGCUGUGGACCACCAUAGCAUCCGCCUCCUCUGAGCGGCCUCAUACCUCCAUUAUUUUAUAUUUGAGUGCAUUUUAUAGAGGAUUAUACUGGCCCAAAUUUAUAUACCUUGUAAGAAGUUAGAAAUUAUUUUAGUGACUGCCUAUUUGGGCAGUGAAAGCAAACUUGCUCUGCGUCAUCCCAUCUGGUAACUGUAUGACUGCUCUUUUCAUCACUGAAGUUGAAUCACGCCUUAGCUAAUUGAGUAGAAUCUUUAUAAAAUAAUUUUCUACUGAGCUGUUCUCCAGUCAGCUAAAGCCUGGCUUAUUUUUCCUGUUUAUUAUUGACUCCUGACAUUCUCUUAAAAUGGAGCUGUCAGGCCAUUGGAAGCUCCCUGGGAUAACAUUUAUUGUUGUUUAUUUUUGCCAUCAGAGCCUGUACUUACUUUCUUUGGAAUCCUAGUUCUGUUGCAUCAAGGAAGCCUGAGGGACUUGUUCCCAUCGCCUCUGUGUGCCUCUCAUUGUCUGGUCCCUUUUGAAGUCCUGGACAUUGUUACAUUUCAUUCUGUACUGGUGUGUCAUUAACAAGUCAGUGCUUCUUUGAUCCAUUCACAAAAAAUAGGUAAAUUAAUUCACCAUCCAAUUAAUUCACUAUCCUGUAUUAAGUAUCUGAAAUUAGUGAACUUUAGGGACAAAAUAUUACUUAACAAACACAGGUAAUUACUGAGAAUUUCAUAGUCCACCAGACCCUAAGAGGUAGUCACUUCCUUAGUCUCUCCCUAUCUGAGUUUACAGAACCAAACAAUCAAAUGAAAAUCAUUGCUUUCACCUUCACCGUCUUCUUUAGAGGAUAAAUAAGUAUUAACAUACAAUGGAAAGAAGGUACUUCACAGUAGGAGAGAGCCUGGAAGUCUCUCCACAGAGUGGCUGAGUUCUUAAGUUUCUUCAGUUUGUUUAGUUUUGCUACUUUGUUGAGAGACGGGGCUUUUAGAAAGUUUAGAGUAUUAAUUUUUCCCAACAUUUUACUUUAAAAAAUUUUCAGCAAACAAAAUUUAAAAGAGGGCUUCCCUGGUGGCGCAGUGGUUAAGAAUCCGCCUGCCGGGCUUCCCUGGUGGUGCAGUGGUUGAGAGUCCGCCUGCUGAGGCAGGGGACAUGGGUCGUGCCCCGGUCCAAGAGGAUCCCACAUGCCGCGGAGCAGCUGGGCCCGUGAGCCAUGGCCGCUGAGCCUGCGCGUCCGGAGCCUGUGCUCCGCAACGGGAGAGGCCACAACAGUGAGAGGCCCGCGUACUGCAAAAAAAAAAAACAAAAAAAGAAUCCGCCUGCCAAUGCAGGAGACACAGGUUCGAACCCUGGUCCGGGAAGAUCCCACAUGCCGUGGAGCAACUAAGCCCGUGCGCCACAACUGCUGAGCCUGCGCUCUAGAGCCUGCGAGCCACAACUACUGAAGCCUGCGUGCCUAGAGACCAUGCUCCGCAACAAGAGAAGCCACCGCAAUGAGAAGCCCACGCACCGCAACAAAGAGUAGCCCCCACUCUCUGCAACUAGAGAAAGCCCGCGCACAACAAUGAAGACACAACACAGCCAAAAAUAAAUAAGAUAAAUUUUUUUUAAAAAAAGAAUGUUUAAAAAAAAUUUUAAAAGAAGUAUAUAGUAAGCACCCUUAUGUAUAUCCAGCACAUAGAUGUUAAAAUUAUAAACUGCUAAUUUUUAAACAAAGAUGAUUCUGCCAUUCUGUUCCUUUUGACAGGUAUUCAAUAGAGUAUGUUCCCUGCACAGACAUAAGCUCUCCUAUGUCAGAGAGCUCCUGGUUUAUUAGCAAAAUUAUUUCAUUCAAUGCCAGUUACCUGGGGAGGUGGUCCUCAUAAAAAUGUUUCUUGGUCUCCAUCUUUCAAAACUCAUGCUGUAUUUCCUCUCUCCCUCAGGCUAUAAUUUCUAAUGUUUUCUUCUCUACCUGGCAUGUCAGAGUGAAGGUAAUUGUGAAACUGCUCUGGAAGGACUUUAUUCUAGUCUCUGUUGCUUUCCAACACAUCCUCAGGACUCUGAAAUUAAAACUCAAUCCUCAGAUAAUAUGUAGCUUUAAAAGGGAAGUAGGUAGCAACUUGAAAUUAGGCCGUUCUUAGUUAUUUUUUUCUUAAUUGAUUCAUGCACUUUAAAAAUAUUUUUAUCUGUUAUUUAGGAAAGAAAACCUUAGACUUUUAAAAAGUAUAUAUUAUCCCUUAUAAUAUGUAUAUGGAAGAGUUAAACCUGAAAGCUCACAGUCUUAUCUUGAUCACUGGGUUUAGAUAUUGUUGUAAAACAUCAUUUAGAGAAAAUACAUGUUUGCAUGUUUUUGAUGAGCCCUAUCCAGUCCCUCUUUGAAAGAAUUAGGUGAAGCCCAAACGCUAAAGUCUGUAUUUUUGUAUUUAUUUUAAGACUGCUUUUCUGCAAAAGGUUGCCUUUUAACCCCAAAGUAUAAGGUUCUAAGGUACAGAGCUGAGUGACCCUAAUAUUUACACAAAAGGCUAUUGUUUUAGAGGAAGGGGCAAGAGUGAAACAGUUCAUGCAGCUUGUGAACUGACUUUUUAUAUUGAUAGUAAGGAAUGAAAACAAUGAGAGGAAGAGAGAAAAGCUAUCAAAUGUAUCCCAGAAUUCUGCGCAUAUCCUGAUUUUGUGUAGUUCUUUAGUUUGCAUUUCAUCCGUUGGAAUUGUUCUUUAAGCCAGAAGCCUCACUGGUUCUCACUGUGCUUGUUGGAGAAAUCCCAAACCUACCUGUCUUUUCCAACAGGAUCGACUUUAGAAAUAUUUUUCAGUAGGUCUCCUCUGCUAAGUGUAAUCCUGACCUGAAGAUUGAUUUCAUCUCUAUAUUCUCUGAGACUUGUGAGUCCAGUGCCAUGAAAAAAGAUGGUGAGUUUAGAAAGUGGCUAGGAGGAGUUCCAGCUGUGUCACUGGAGCCUCAGUUGGUUUUGACUAUGGCUAAAAAGGGAUGACACAGGUUAAUUUUGACCAACAUCCCAGAAGAGCCUCAAGCCACAAGAGUGUGUUUGUGAACAAGCUCUGCCCUCUGUAGGCUGGCUUCCCUGUGAGGUGUAGGAAUCGCCAUCUUCUUUAAUCUGUGUGGGACAGUCAUACACACAGCAGGCAAUGGGACCAACCAAACAGACACAGUUUGUCCUUCCUUUUAGAGCUUCCAUUUAGAAUUUCUCCCGGGUCUAAAAGGUCCAAAUCAACCACUUUAACUAGUCUCUCCACCUGGCCAAAAGUGUAGACCUUUUAGAAACCUGAAUUUGCUAGAAAAGGAAAGAGCACCAUCCAUGUAGAAUCUCAGUGGUUGAAAAGGGCAAGUGAGUUUCUGUCUGAAGGAAGGUGAUUUCAUUUUUCGUUGUUGUGAGGGGUAGCUUGUUAAGGGAUUUAUGCUCCUUAGAGAGCAAGUCAUUGUAUUCAUCGUAUUUGAUUGUGCCCACGGAGCCAUGAUGCCUGAUUCUUCGGGGAGUCAAUAGGGAACAGGUGUCUAAAGCCAGUCACACGUUGGGUGCUCUCCAGCAAUCCAGUAGAUGACGAAUAUGCCUAUGGCCAAAGUCCCAAUUUUCAUGCACAUGGGAUCCUGUCCCUAGGCCUUCAUUUCCACACAGCUGAGAGGUAAAGAGAGGGACGAGGCCCCCCUCCACUUCUCUCAUUUAUAGUAUUGUUUAGCACUGGCAGCAUGGUAUCCAAGGCCUCAGUUUACCGGUUAAUCAGAAUUAAAUAAUAACAUGAGUAGAUAAAGGUGAUCAACCUAGGUUGGAAGUAGGGCUGAGGAGGGAUUAUGACUUAUAGUCCCACAUUGGGGUAGCUGGGUAACUCGUGUAUGACUGUGUGGUUGGAACGCUUAUUAACUUUACCAGGUGAGUGCAGAGGAUGUGAUAAUGCUAUGCUGAUGAGGACGACAAAUUAAUUGAGUUGGCUAAGAAACAGAGCAAGGCCUCCAUCUACGGGAAGUAGAUUCUGUCACCGGCUGUGAGUGGAAUCUCAGAGUGAGCGUGAGCUCUGCAGGUUCUCAGAGUCUGGCUUCAGAGCCCACUGAAGGAACCAGUCUUCUGUGGGCAGUGACUCUGGCUUUCUGCAAAGGAGAACCUUCUGGGAGUUGGUUCCUGGUGGUCUCUUUUCUGGGAAUGGGUGGAGACACCCCGGCAAGAGCUGCUUUGGCUCUCUUGGUACCUGGUUAUGGUCAGUGUUGCCCCUUUGCUCUGUCCAACCAGUCCAGCACCUGUGGGCAUUCCUUUGACAUCUACCCAGUUAUUUAGGUGGUGAGGUUAGGGUAGGAUUUGGGACCCAAAGGGUGAGAGAACCUUUGCUAAGUAUUGCGUGGCCAGAUUUCAGAAAUCACCGCUCCCUCUGGGGUGUUGCAUGUCCCUGCUGGAACCAAGAAGGCCAAACAAAACUCCUCCUAUUUAAAAGUCUUAUCACCAACCUGGGAAAACCCAAUUAAUUGCCUAAAGCCCUGAUAGUGGGGUUCAUUUACAGUCAGUCCCUCAAAAACUAAGUCCAAAGGCACAAGACUCUGGCUUUGAAAUUAUUUGUAGUCCCAGUCACUGGUUUGAACUCAUGAUCUGAUCUCUUUUAGUCCCCCAGGCAUGUGGACCAGAGUUCAUUUCAUGGCUGUUCUUCACUCUUAAGAGAUAAGGAAAAGGUGCCCCAGAAGUCUAGAGAUACAGACUUUUUCAAAAUUAAAUUCCACAGUUUUCUGUCAUUUUAAGCAGAUAGUUUUGACUUAUCUAGGGAUAAAAUAAUAUAUGUGAAAUGAUUUCCAGGGGACAAAAUGUAUUUUCUAAAUGUUCUGAUAUAGGGUCAUGAACAAUUGUUAAGUUUUGGUUUGAAAUAUUAUAUGGGAUUACAGGAGAGCCCUUAACUCACCGUCAUGUAAAGGAGCUCUCUUCCUGAACUCUUUCUCUCACUCAGGUUUGAAAUGCCUCAUCUGUAAUGUUACCUGUAAGUGACUGUUAUUGUUGGUUUUCAGGUUCAGGCAAGAAUCAUCUGGAAAACAUUAUCCUAAUUCCUUCUCUCAUGUCCUAAGCAGUACAUUUUACUAAGAAAUUCUGUAUUAAAAACACUAGCAGCCCUUUCUGAGAUUAUUGUCCCAUAAAUGGAUUUGUUUUUAUUUAAUCAAGUUGAAUUAUUUCCAUUUAGCCAUGUUCAAGAGCAAGUAGAGUCUGGAGAAAGCAAUCCAGUAACCCCUGAAUCUGGUGCACCCAUUUCCCUUAAUAAUGGGAAGUGUUUUGAAAUCCCCAGAAGAAAGCUGCUUUGUAAUUAAAGUGAUGGAUUAUAAGGAAGCCAGACUUUGGGUAAGGAUUUUCCUAAACUACUUUAUGCCAUUUAGCUUAUGUUUCUGAAAGGCCUGCUUUGGUGCCAUGCACUGAGAUCUAUCAGUUGAUUGAAAGAUGAUCACGCUUUCUUGGUAAAUAUUUAAGCAACUGGCAACCACAAUGGCAUUCUUUCCUUAUCGUUCUGUAUCGUGCACUGAUGCUGACGUUACAAAAAGAGGUCUGGAAGGGAAACAGUGUCACAGUCUUUUCUUUAAAAUCAAAGUAUCCCAAGCGAUCAUUUAUUGAGGUCAACUUGUUUUACAUGUACCCUAUCAUGAGGAAUGCUGUCAGCAUCUCCUAUGAUUUCUAAGAGCUCUUACCGAAAUUGUUAUUUGUUAUGUCCUGCUGAGUGGUUUUUCCUUUAAAACAUCAUAUUUUUACUACCCUGUGGCACUGAAUGUGUUGCUGAGAUACAUAGAUGAUACUGAGCUAUGGUUCCUGAAAUAGCUCAGUUCUUGUGUUUUAUAUUAUGUAACAGUUUCGUGAUGCUUUUGUGCAUUCUUUGUCUUCUCUUCCGAAUUUUGAAAUCUGUCAUAAAUAAACUUUUUCACUAUGCACCUGAAACAUUUGAGUUAUUUUUUAUUUAUUUAUUUAUUUAUUUUUUUUGCGGUACGCGGGCCUCUCACUGUUGUGGCCUCUCCCGUUGCGGAGCAACAGGCUCCGGACGCGCAGGCUCAGCGGCCAUGGCUCACGGACGCAGCCGCUCCGCGGCAUGUGGGAUCUUCCCGGACCGGGGCACGAACCCGUGUCCCCUGCAUCGGCAGGCGGACUCUCAACCACUGCGCCACCAGGGAAGCCCUUGAGUUAUAUCUUAAUGAACAUGACUUAGAGUUAAAAUUUUUUUAUUCAUCUCUCGUCUGCAUCUUAAGAAAAGUAUUCUUUAAAUCUAUACCAGUUAUUUUAUAAUCUAUUAUUAGAAAAAUUAAGAAAAAUGGAGAAUGAGAUUAAUGAUAGAUCUUUCAUCUGCAUUUAAAUUUAUGGCUGAGUAUGAACUGGGAUCUGGGUUUGGCCCAAGGGCAGAAAAACUGGGUUUAGAGUAAUGAUUACUUAAUAGAAUAUUACUGAGUUUUGUCAGUAUUUGGUCCCCAGUGAUGUUCAUUUUCCAGUUUACUGACUUACUCUAUUCAAAUUUGGAAUUAGUAGUUUGGACACCACGGUAAUCAUUUAACAUAGUCUAGGUGAUAUUAAUCCAGCCUACUUUCAUUUACAGAAAUGACACCAUAAGAUAUCUUUGACAUCUCUCAAAAUGUUGUCUCUGCACAUCGUUGGUGCCUGUUACAGAACAGGAAGGACUCACAUCUGAGCAGAGAGGGGUGCCAUUUAAAUAUUUUCUUCGGCGAUAUCUGUGGUCUAAGAUGAGCCUGUUAGAUCUUUCCCUGCUUUCCUUUGCCACAUAUUUUAGAGGCUGAUGUAUAAAGGAGGAAGAGAUCUGAACUAAUUGUGAGUUAAAUGAGUAUACUCUUCCCACCAAACUACACCACAAGCAAUAAUAAAAAGCCCAGGCAGACUACACAUAGCUGGGGACCUUUAAUGCAUUGUGUUUGGGUGAGCCAAAGGUAGUGUGUCACUGCUGACACAGAACAUACUGGAGAUUAUUGCUAACUUUUAAAGGCACUCAUAUCUGCCAUAUCAUUGACCCUGACAUAGUUCAGGAUCAUAUAAAUUUGUGCAGGCCACACAUUGCAGCCUUGACAUCCAGCCUGAUGUUCCUUAGCCCAUGAGGUUCUGGCUACACUCAGCAGCCAUCUUAGUUCAGGUAUUCGCCCAAAUGGGAUGACACCUGCUUACGACCUUGGAAUCAAGAGCUAAAUAGGUUAUCUUUAAAAGUUAGGAGGAGCCAGUAGAGUGAGUACUUAUCUUAUGAAUAUGUGUCCAGGUACUGUCCACCACCUGCUUGUCCAGUAAGUUUACUACUUUCCUUAAUGGUUAUAUAAAAUUGCUUUGGAAUAAAA